AUGAUCACCAAAGUUCUGGAAGCAGGUAACCACACAGCAACCAUACAUUUCGUUCUUCUGGGAUUUCCAACACGGCCAGCCUUCCAGCUUUUCCUCUUCUUCGUGUUCCUGGCAACCUACCUACUGACUCUGCUGGAGAACGCUCUCAUCAUCCUGGCCAUUCGCGGUGACAGACAACUGCACAAGCCCAUGUACUUCUUUCUGAGCCACCUCUCCUUCCUGGAGAUGUGGUAUGUCACCGUCAUCAGCCCCAAGAUGCUGGUGGACUUCCUCAGCCAUGACAAGACCAUUUCCUUCAAUGGCUGCAUGACUCAACUUUACUUCUUUGUGACCUUUGUCUGCGCAGAGUACCUCCUCCUCGCUGUUAUGGCCUUUGACCGCCACGUGGCCAUUUGUAACCCACUACGCUACCCAGUCAUCGUGACCAACCAGCUCUGUGGUACCCUGGCGGGGGGAUGCUGGCUCUGUGGGCUCACAACUGCCACGAUUAAGAUGGUUUUCAUAGCCCGACUCCACUACUGUGGCAAACCUCACAUCAACCAUUAUUUCUGCGAUAUUUCUCCGCUCCUCAGCAUCCCCUGCGAAGACUCCUCGCAGGCGGAGCGAGUAGACUUCUUUCUGGCCCUCGUGGUUAUUGCCAUCCCCCUUUGUGCGGUGGUGGCGUCUUAUACCACCAUUGUCAGUGCCAUCCUUAGGAUCCCUUCUUCACAAGGCCGCCAAAAGGCGUUUUCCACCUGUGCCUCUCACCUGACUGUUGUAAUUCUCUUCUAUUCCACAACCCUUUUCACCUAUGCCCGCCCCAAGCUCAUGUACACCUACAGUUCCAACAAAGUGGUAUCUGUGCUCUACACGGUCAUCGUCCCCCUCCUCAACCCCAUCAUCUACUGUCUGAGGAACCAGGAAGUAAAGGCAGCCCUCAAGAAGACCAUACUGUGCAAAGGAAGUCGUUCCAGAGGGGAUGUGGCUUUGAGCAAUUAA